CUUAAUCAGUUCUCCUUUGGUCAAGUGGAGUGGCACUUCUUUUCCUUCUAGAUCCGAAAACGAACCUCGCAAAGAACCAUCUCAUACAUUAGCAGAAGCACAUCCAUAACAGCUCCCAAACGCAGAUUCCUCAAAUUCCCAAAGACAACACAACACAACACAACACGACACAGUCCUAAUUGUUCAAAUCCCAACACAACACUGUCAAAAUGCCACUUUCAUCUUCUCUUACCUUAACACCCACACUCCCAAGAAUCGCCUCAACAACUCACGCUUCCCACAAUUCUCACCCCACCUAUCUCAGAUUCACUCCCAAUUUCAAACCUACCCAUCUACGCGCCUUCCUCCCACUAACUUCACUCGCCCCCACGCGCCACCGCCGCGCGGCUGGACCCGUCUGCCUCUUCACCGGCAUAGUCGAGGAAAUGGGCAGCGUCAAGCAGCUCGGCACGGCCCCGCAUGGUGGCUUUGACCUCAAAAUCGCUGCUUCCACGGUCCUUGACGGCGUCAACCUUGGUGAUAGUAUCGCUGUGAACGGCACUUGCCUCACGGUGACGGAAUUCGAUGGCAAAGUCUCCGACUUUACGGUGGGGCUGUCGCCGGAGACGCUGCGCAAGACAUCGCUGUCGGAGCUGAAGCCUGGGUCGCCGGUGAACCUGGAGCGCGCGGUGACGCCGUCGAGCCGCAUGGGUGGGCACUUCGUGCAGGGUCACGUGGACAGUACGGGGGUGAUCGUGUCGAAGGUUCCAGAAGGAGAUUCCCUUUGGGUGAAGGUGAGGACUGAAAAAUCGUUGCUUAAGUACAUUGUGCCUAAGGGGUUUAUUGCUGUGGAUGGGACUAGUUUGACUGUGGUCGAUGUGUUCGACGAUGAAGAGUGUUUCAAUUUCAUGUUGGUGGCUUAUACUCAACAGAAGGUGGUGAUUCCUCUGAAGAACGUUGGGGACAAGGUGAAUCUUGAGGUCGAUAUUCUUGGCAAGUAUGUGGAGAGGCUUCUCGGUAGUGGUUUUGUUUCAUCCUAUACUGAUAGUUCUUGAUACACAUGGUUGAAAUGUAUGCUUGUGAUAGAUUGAUUAUCUUGAUUUGCUUCCUGAAAAAAAAAAAUAUAAUUUUACUGGUUUUAUAUGGUGUUUUGUCUAUUUGAUAGAUGUUUACAGUUUUGCAUUAGUUCUUCAUGAUGCUAUUGUGAAUGUAUGUUUGAAUGUCAGUUGGGAACGUGCCUUAAAAUUCCCAAAACUA